AUGAAGGAAGAUCCUGAGCCAUUGUUUUCAGACGGGCAUCCUGACAUCUCGAAUGAUGCUCCCAGGACCAAGAAGGCAAUUGCAUCCUGUUGCAAGAAGGAAACCGGUGGAAAGAAAGGGAAAAGAAUGAGAAAGCGUGGCGAAAGACUGAGUGUUUUUGAUGUGACGCAGAUAGUUCAAAAGAGAAGCAUUCAGAGUUGCCUUGAGCUGGUAGCGUUAGCUGUGUCACAAAGCCGAGAAGGAAACACAGCUUUGGCAAAUUUUGUGGCAAAUAGAGGGCAUAAGUGCGUUCAAGAAGCAUUGUCCUUAGCGAAAGAGUUUGCAGAAGCCGAAGAGAGAUUAGCGUGUUCCAAAAACACUCGCAUUCAAAUUUUUAUCGAGUUUCAAG